AUGACGAGCAUCGUUAACAUAUGUAAACAUUUAUAUGAAAAAGCAUUAGAAAGGUCAAGUGUUCAUUCAAUAAGUACCACAGAAGAAGAGAUAUCGAUCGCAAUCAAUCUGGUUGAUCUAUCAGAGGACCUUUCCAACAGUGACAGCUUUACAAUAGAGACAGAAGAUUCUCUCAAAGCUUCUGAUGUCGAUCAUUUUGACCUGGACUAUCCUGUUGAAAUCGAAGAUGAUGAAGGGCAACAAGUAGUCGAAAAUCGUCAGUUCAGUUUAGAAUACAUGCAAAGGGUUGUCGACUUCACUCGUCCAGGUAUUGCUUUUACAACCGUACAGCAUGCUUUUCGACGAGUUACACAUCCUAUGCAAUUAGAGCGAAUUCGAGAAUAUGUUGCAAAUAACGGAAGCCGACGGCAAAAAUUGGAGCGUGUAGAGCAUUUUGUACUUGAUAGAUUUCGCUCUGCUCGUAAUAACAAUUUAUCUGUGCACGAUCUCAGGCGAAAAUAG